AUGCUGACCGGGCACGGCUGCUUUGGUCAGUACCUGUGCCAGAUCGCGAGGAGAGAGAGUGACACAAGGUGUCACUACUGUUUUAACGAAAUGGACACGGCCGAACACACAUUGUCGACCUGUCCAUCUUGGACGGAACAACGCGCGGCCCUUACGGCUGCCAUUGGAGUGGACCUCUCCCUGCCAUCAAUAAUCCGGGCAAUGUUGAGCAGCGAGAUUGCGUGGCAGGCGGUGAAUGACUUUGCCCAGGAUGUCAUCACUGCAAAGGAGGAGGCCGAGCGCAGGAGAGAACGGGAGGCGUUCGACCCCUUGAGACGGCCGAGGAGAGGACGCGCACCACGGAGUGGACGCAGCGCCUUGCCUUAG